GUUUCGAUUUCGAGGCUAACGCUAACCAGCUAGUUAGCUGUCUGUUGGGUGUUUAUCAACAGCGCUUGUUCUUCAGAUCUUUGUAGAGAUUCUUUAUUUUCAGCCUCGUAAUAUAUUUCUUUGUUUUUCCACCGACUGCCAUCUGGCACGGUUUUCGUUUUUUUGCGACAAGCGGGGGUAUGAAGUUAAUUUUUGUAAGCUAGCUGCGUUGCUAACUGGAGUUACCUAAUUGACUGCUGCAUCACAUCAAGUUGUUUACGUACAGCUGGCUAACGUAGCUAGCUAACUAGUUAGCUAUUUAGCAAGGCAAUUUUCGCAAGGUUUCGCCAUGAUGAAAUGGAUAUCGCCGCUUUUCUUUGUAAAUUGACAUAUUCCGUUAUCUUCAAAUCUCGACAUCACAUGAGUUUGGUUCCAUCAAGCUAGCGACACAGAUUGGUGAAUUAACCUAAGCUAAGAAAGGAUGGAGAAACCCCCUUUCAAACAGACUCAAGUUUGUGGACUUUGGACGAUGAAGGAGAGGCUUGGAACCGGAGGGUUUGGUCAUGUCUAUCUGUAUCAACAUCAGGAAACGUCUGAGAAAAUUGCUGUGAAACUCUGUCGGCUUGAGCUCAAUGUUAAAAACAAAGACAGAUGGAGUAGGGAGAUUCAGAUCAUGAAAAAAUUGAACCACCUUAAUGUGGUGACGGCCAGGGACGUACCUGAAGAGAUGAAACACAUUGCAUUGAAUGACUUGCCUCUUUUAGCCAUGGAGUACUGUUCCAGGGGAGAUCUUCGUAAGUUGUUAAGCAAACCUGAAAAUUGCUGUGGCUUGAAAGAAAGUGAGGUGCUGUCCUUACUCAACGAUGUCGGUUCAGGAAUUCAGUAUCUCCAUGCAAACAAAAUCAUUCACAGAGAUUUAAAACCAGAGAAUAUUGUACUCCAAGACAUUAAUGGAAAGCUGGUCCACAAGAUAAUAGACCUGGGCUAUGCGAAAGAUUUGGAUCAAGGGAGCCUUUGCACAUCGUUUGUGGGCACUCUUCAGUAUCUGGCCCCAGAGCUAUUUGAGAGCAAACCGUACACAGUCAC